GGAAGAUUUUGUAAUUUAUAAGGAUGCUCCAACUGCCAAUGGUGGAAAAGGUGCUUUACCUCUCGACAUCACCCUUGGUGGAUCCCAAACUUUAUUACUACGUGGAAAAACAAUUGGAGAUCAAGAUACCGCUUCUUAUAUCGUCGCUACUGCCAAGUUGGCUAUGGGACCCAAUGUGAUUUCUGAUUAUUCUGCUUUAGGUAGUACUCGACACGCAAUCGAACCACAUCAACGUUGGAGCACUGGUCUUUUAGUUGAACGUGCCAGAGUAGGUCAAAUCAAUUUGAAAAAUCGUGGUAUCUUAGGAUCCGGUCACGGUUGGGCAAUGGGAGCAGGAAUUAUCUGGUCAUCAAUAGCUACAAAAUUAAUGGCCCAAGAUCCUCCUUCAUCAAAAAACUUUAUGGUAAAUUCAAAAACAGUCGAAAAACUUACGGAAGAAUUAAAUCAAGAUCCUUCAUUUGACUUUAAUGAUCCUUGGACUAGUCUUUAUCAAUUACAAUUACAAGAAAGAGUUUCUGAUGAAGUUGCGAAAGAAAUUUUGGGUUAUUGAUAAAACAUCAAGGUUACUUCUUCGAUUUUCUAUUGUUCUUUUGUAAAAAAAGAGUUGAAAUAAACUUGAAUGAAAUAUGAAAGUGCAGCAAAAAAGAUGUGCCAUUGAUCCAG